AUAUGCUUUCUGAAAAAGCUGUCUACCUCUUUAAAGGAAGUUCUCUGUUUUUUGUGAUCUCAGGUUUGGAAGAAGUACAAUCAGCUCUCCGCAUUAUUUUAUUUCUGCUGAUGGGCCAUACCUCUGCAAUGCCCAAAUGAUCAAUGUUUGAAGGCAACAGGCAGCAGAAGACACUUCCGUUGCUUAUCAUCGUGCUACUGAAGUCUACUGGAGUUGACAGAUGCUGCUCCAGAAGGUUAAUAAGAUGAAGAAAGCUCUUCCAGCUGGACCGUAAGAGGGAUUAUGUCUGAGCAGCAGAUAAAAAGAUUAUUCCAGAAACAGACACUGCUUUUUUUUAAAACAUCGUCACUCUUGUCUUACCACUCCAGUCCCCCAGGCUAGAAGUGUUUGCUUUGGAGGGGUUUGUCCAGCUCUUGCAUCCCGAAACCUGUUGCACUCUUCAAUUUGUUGUGAUUCAAAGCAGUCCGCAGCUGAAGACACCUGAAAAAUAACUAACAAAAAAAAAAAAAUCAAACAUCAAAAGAAGAAGGAAGUUACUUGGGAAUUUUAGCUCUUAAAAAAAUCUUCUACUUGACCUCAAUAUUGUAAUUUCUUGCAUGGUUCUUUUGAAAACCGUGAAUGAUCAACAGACAGCAUGCAUUUGAAAACUGGAUUAAUAUUCCUGGCCAUUUGCCUUGCUCUCCAAGUUCAGGGAAGCAGAGAAAUCCCCAGUAAAACAAAUCGUGGUGAAGCCAAACAACUUGCAGAUGCCUCAGGGUCAGACAAAACAGAAAGAACAACAAAGAGGUCCAGAGUGUCAACUAUAAGAAGGAUAUUUGACAUGGCAAAACACCGAACAAAGAGAUCACCUUUUUUUUCUACUGGUGUGAAAAUUUGCCCACAAGAAUCAGUGAAGCAGAUUUUAGCCAGUCACCAAGCUUACUAUAGAUUAAGAGUCUGCCAGGAAGCUGUGUGGGAAGCCUUUCGUAUUUUUCUGGAUCGGAUUCCCGAUACUUCUGAAUAUCAGAACUGGGUUACUGCCUGCCAGAGGGAAACCUUCUGCAUAUUCGACAUUGGCAAAAACUUCAGCAAUUCCCAAGAGCACUUGGAAAUAAUCCAACGGCGAGUAAAACACAGAACCUUCCAGGAAAAGAAAGAUGAAAUAUCCACAGACAAAACAGGUGGCAAAAAGCUGGAAGACAUUCCUUCUGUUUCUACAGGUCCCCCCAGCGCAUCCCUUUCUACGUUCACACUGGUACCUAAUGGAACACUACUCAAUGAAAUUGUCAAUGAGACCAAGACUCCUGUGAAGGAGCUAGGAACAAAUACAGUCCCAGAACUUCCUUCAGAGCAAAUGGUAGAAUUCAGCGUCACUCUCACUGAUCAGGAGUACACAGCUGAACUUAGUGAUCCCAGUUCCCCACAGUAUCAACAGCUAGCUGCCAAAUUUCAACUACAGAUGCAAAAAAUAUUUGAGAAACUUCCAGGAUUUAAAGAAAUCCACGUAUUAGGAUUUAAACAGAAGAAGGAGAAAGAUGGGUCAAGUAGCACUAUAGCACGAUACAUGGUAAACUUUGAGAGAGACGGCUCAGAUAUCAAAAGCACUGCCGCUGACAUCUCAACUAUUGGAUCAAACAAGGUUGAAAAUGAAAAAGAACCACUAUCUGCAAAGGAAGAGAGGGAAAUAUCAGCAACCAGACUCACAGUAACGGACCUUCAGCAGCUGGUUGCCACAGCACUCCAUGAAGACAGGUCCCUACCAGUGGACCUCGGGACACUUCGGUUUACUGAUGAACCUAUUAAACCAUCAAGUGAUUUUGAUAAUGACAUCCAAGGCAUAGUCACUAUUCCUCUGGCAAGCCCUGAUUUGGAUGACACUGUAAGUGAGGAACUCCCACUGGUUUAUCCCAGCCCAGCAACGGUGGACCAAACCAGAGACAUCUUCGUUGAUGAAUUUACAACUGGAAUCCCUGAUCUAAGCAGAGAGAUUGGUGGACCUGAAGACUUUGAUAGUAAUUUUAUUACAUCUGAACCUGCAUUCCCUACCAAACCUUCCAGAGAACCACCUCAUGACAUAUCUCCAGACACAGAAGAUAUCACUACUGACUACCAAAGAUUCACAGUGCCUUUCAGUGCUCUGGUUAGCACAGACAGUUCUACAAAACCAGAGGAUUCCUACCUGCCUCCUCCAGCAGAUGAGUCAGAAAGCAAUGACUUAAUCACCGAUGAUGAUGAGUCUCCAACUGAGCAGGUUGUCACACUGGCAGUUUACACCACAGGCAGCUUUACCCUGCCUACUUUCCUGCAAGCCACAGAUGAAGAUACUGAAGCCGAGAUGAAGAAAGAACUGGUUGGAGUAACAGAACCGCCUUUCAAGGAAGCUGAUAGAGACAGCCUGUCUGGACAAGCAGUGAAGACCAUGGAUGAACUAGAAUCAUCAGGUGAUGACAUUCUGGUUACAACCAGCACUUACAAAACGUUGCCUUUCCUUAUUGGUUCAAGCGAUCUCUUUGCCACGCAGCCAGAGGUCACUUUUGCAGCAGUGCUGCCACCAGACCAAACUCUGCCACCCACAGUGACCAGCCCAUUCUACAGCCACUCUGUUGUCAUUGACCAGUCCCCCGAAGUACCAGACACCACAAUGCCAGCAGCUGCCAGCGCUCCUCCUGACCAUGCAAGUACAGGAGUGCAGGACAUUGCUGCUGAGUUGGAUGGCGUUGGUGCAAAGAGCACAGCAGUGCUGGAUGAGGCAGAGCAUGGCAGUGGCUACAUCUCAGUGCAGACAGAUGAGCCUGCAGAAGCCACCCAAACUCCCACGCUGAAGUAUGUGACCACCAGCUCCAUGACAACAGCAGCCAAAGGCAAAGAGCUUGUGGUUUUCUUCAGCCUGAGGGUAACAAACAUGCACUUCUCCGACGAUCUCUUCAACCGGAGCUCACAGGAAUACAAAGCUCUAGAACAACAGUUCAUGCAAUUGCUACUUCCAUACCUUCAGUCCAACCUUACAGGUUUUAAGCAACUGGAAAUACUUAAUUUCAGGAAUGGAAGUGUGAUUGUCAACAGUAAAAUGAAAUUUGCCAGAACAGUGCCAUACAAUAUCACAGAAGCAGUACAUUGUGUUUUGGAAGACUUCUGCGACGCUGCCGCCCAACGCCUCAAUUUGGAGAUUGACAGCUACUCCCUGGAUAUUGAGCCAGCUGAUCAGGCAGACCCAUGCAAAUUCAUGGCAUGUGACGAAUUUUCCAAAUGCAUAAUGAAUGAGUGGACAAAAGAGGCUGACUGCCUUUGUAAACCUGGUUAUGCAAGCCAGGAUGGAUUGCCCUGCCGGAGCUUGUGCGAAAUGGAACCACAUCUUUGUGACAAUGGUGGGAAGUGUGAGUUAGUUCCAGGAAGAGGAGCUGUCUGCAGGUCACCAGACCAGUUUACAAAGCCAGGACUGACAAGUUAGUCUGUGAAAUUCUGCAUUUCCAGCAUCCCACAGACAAAAACCAAGGUAUUCAGAAUAAGGAGGUCUGCAUUAAUCAAGACUGGAAUUCAGGUGGAUAACAUGUAACAAAAAAAAUCUGAGGAUUCCUAAUGAUGCAUCACUUUCAUAUCAGUACACAUUAAACACGUCGUGUCAUUACAGAAAAACAGCUUGACCUCGUUGAUCAACUAUUCGACCAUGUCUAAAAUUUGCCUGGUAAGAAGUAACCUGUGUUAAGGUGCAUGCACUCAGCAUACAGUAUGUAUAUAUCUUAAUCCUACCUGUAAGAGCCUAGUGCUAGAAACAGCUUUUGCUCAGAAGUGACAUUUUUUUGCAAUACUGCAUUAUUACAACCAGCCUGGUAAAAAUGCAGACAAAACUGUAAAGCAGACCUGCGCCAUUUUAUUAACCUUGCUUACACACACUACAGCAAAGCAAGUGGCAAACAUGGAAGAAAGAGGUGUCAAAAGUAACAUUUUCAACUCUUACCAAAGGCUACAUUAAAAGCAUUUGGGAAUGUUUUCAUCCUCUCCUUGCAAUACUCAGACCAGAAAUUACACAGAAAUUGUAGUUGUGCUUAAUGGCUUCCCUGAAUUUAAGGUUCUUGUGUCUCUGUUAAUAUAUGUAUACAUAUGUAUGUACAUACUUCACCAGUUAAUUCCUGGUGACAGAAUCCCAUCACGGCUGAGGUUGGCAGGGACCUUUGGUUCACCCGGCCCAACCCCCACACAAGCAGGGACCUAGAGCAGGGUGCCCAGCGCCACAUCCAGGCGGCUUCCGAAGAGCUCAGGCCAACUGUCUAAUCCAAGCACUUCAGACUUUCUGAAUAGGUGAAAUGCUUGUAGUUUUCUUCAUCCUUUAAGAUCACGGGAUUUACAUUCCCAACUACCUAGGAAAUAAAUUACAGUCACGCACAAACAUACUUUAAACUCAGUACAUACCAAUCAUAUCAGGUUACUGUUAGUUUCUCUAGAAGAACCCUUGGCAGACAACGAGUGCCCAUUAAUUAUUUAAUAGGCUUAACAACUCAUGCUCUAUGAAUCCAUAAUCCUGAUUCAAAUAGGAGCAUUACUUUACCUGGAAUAUCUUUGUCUUGAGUAUAUUCAUAGAUGUGUGCCAUGCCAGUGCUGUUUAACGUUUAGGCGCUGUUUGCUGCUUGGCACAAAUCAGAAGUUGUACUUACAGCUCAAAGUGAGCUUCUGCAAAGUUCAUGGCUAUACUGCAUGACAGCUCCUCAUUCAGAUGUGAAACUUUCAUGUAUUCAGGACAUAGCUGAUUUCAGUUGCAAUUCUUUCUAGCUCUCAGUACCACACAGUUACAACAAAGAAUGAACCUUACCUUCUUAUAUGUCCUUGACAGUGUUUAUAAAUUCCAAAUGACAGCAAAAACAGGUCUCCUUACAAAACCAACAGAACUGGUGAUUAUGUACAAAUGAAAGCAACGCACCAAGAAAACAAUUUUAGGAUGUUUAGGUGUGCCCCGGUGGCGCAAGUGGUAGGAAUGCCGCGAUGCAACACCGGAGGCCCUGGGUUCGA